AUGGAACCUAAAGUUUUUCCCCUCUUGUUCUUCUUCUUAUUUUUUGCCCUUUUUUUGUUCAACACAAUUAAAACUCAGUCCAUGCCCAAAUUUACAUCAAUUCUUGUUUUUGGUGAUUCAACAGUUGACACUGGAAAUAACAAUUAUAUAUUUACUUUAUUCAAAGGCAAUCAUAUACCUUAUGGAAAAGACUAUUUUAACCAUGUAUCAACAGGUAGAUUUUCAAAUGGAAAAAUUGUACCAGACAUAUUGGCAAAUUUAUUAAAAUUAAAAAAAUAUGGUGUGCCACCAUAUUUAAAUCCAAAUUUAUUGGAAAAUGAUUAUAGAAGUGGAGUUUCUUUUGGAUCAGCUGGAUCAGGAUAUGAUGAUUUAACAAGUUUAAUUUCAGGGGUAAUUUCAAUGAGAAAACAAUUAGAAUAUUUUAAAGAGUAUUUGAAGAAAUUGAAAGAUUAUUUUGGAGAAAAAGAAAAAAAAAGAAUUGUGAAAGGUGCUUUGGUUAUGGUUAGUUCAGGGAGUAAUGAUUUUAUUUUUAAUUUCUAUGAUGUUCCAACAAGAAGGCUUGAGUUUAGUAUGGAGGAGUAUCAAGAGUUUCUUCUAGACAAAGUGCAAUGGUUUGUCAAGGAACUUUAUGAACUUGGAUGUCGUAAUAUUAUAGUGAGUGGGCUACCUCCAAUUGGUUGUCUUCCAAUUCAAAUGACAGCAAAAUCUCCACUGCAUAGAACUUGCAUUGAAAAAGAGAAUUCAGAUUCUCAAUCUUAUAAUAAAAAACUUGAAGAAUUAUUGCCACAUUUACAAGCACAACUUAGAGGAAGCAAAAUACUUUAUUCUGAUAUAUACACUCCUUUAUCACAUCUCAUCAAUAAUCCACAUGAAUAUGGAUUUGAAGAAACAAAAAGAGGUUGUUGUGGAAGUGGAUUAUUAGAAACAGGACCCUUGUGUACAAAAAAAUCUCAAAUGUGUUCACAUACUUCACAAUAUGUUUUCUUUGAUAGUAUUCAUCCAACUGAAUCAGCUUAUUACCAAAUUUCUGAAUAUUUUAUGAAGGAGCUUCUCCCAAAAUUCUCAACCAUUGACAACUUUUAA